AUGUCUCAGAGCCUGUCAGAAGUUAGACUUGAGGAUAAUGAGGUAAUCACUGAGAGCAAUGACCUUUUUCCAGGAAGCUCUGCCCAAACUGAGCUCCAUCUGGAGGCCUUGGGGAUGGAGCUUGUUUGCGAAAAACAGCCACAAAAAAGCCUGCCUUCUUCUCUUCCCAGACAGUAUGUGGUCCUGGGCCCCGCCCUGCUCCACACUGGGACCCCUGAGAAGGGCUACCUGAACGAGACAGUGUCUGUAAGUGCUUCCUUGGAGUCCAUCGGGAGCAACCAGAGCCUCUUCACUGACCCGGUGGUGGAAAAGGACUUCUAUCACUGCAUCUCCCUCACUCUCCCAAGGAUCUCAUCCUCCUCACAGGUGGCAUUCCUCACUGUACAGAUAAAGGGACCAACACAAGACUUUACGAAGAGGAACACAGUGCUGGUAAAGAAUGCUCAAAGUCUGGUCUUUACCAAGACAGACAAACCCAUCUAUAAACCAGGACAGACAGUAAAAUUCCAUAUUGCCUGUGUGGAUGAGAAUUUUCACCCCCUGAAUGAACUGGUGCCCCUUGUUUAUCUCUAGGACCCAAAAAGAAAUCGAAUUCGACAAUGGCAGAGUCUCAGGUUGGAGAGUGGCCUCCAACAGCUGGCCUUUCCUGUCUCGUCUGAGCCCAUUCAGGGUUCUUACAAGCUGGUGGUACAGAAGGAGUCAGGUGAAAGGAUAGAGCACCCCUUCACUGUACAAGAAUUUGUGCUUUCCAAGUUUGAGGUCAAAGUUCAGGUGCCAAACAUAAUCAGUAUCCUGGAUGAAAAGUGA